AUGGGCAAUCCAACACCAUCGCGCGCCUUCCGCUCCCUAUGCGCCUCGUGCCGCUCGUCGGCCGCUUCUGCCCCGCUCGCUCCCAACCGCUCCUUCUCAAGCUCCGCUCGCCGUCUCGCCAAAUACAAGACCCUCGACACCACUCUCGCCAAUGUCAACUCGAACUUCCGGCAAGCAUCAAUGUCUCCUUAUGGUAGCAUUAUUCCCAGGAGGGAAGGCGAGCCUGUAAACCUGACCGAAACUGAUUGGCCAGCCGAAAACCGACACCACCUCCACGUCUACUCGCACAAGCACAACACGCACAUCACGCUCACGAAACCGAACCGUGAUUCCCUAAUAUCUGUCUCAUGCGGAAACAUUGGGUUUAGAAAGGCUGGAAGGGGGACAUACGAUGCGGCGUACCAGCUUGCGGCCUUCGUCAUGAGCAGGAUCAAGGAUAAGGGGUUGCUUCAAGGUACCGACAAACUUGAGCCUAUCAAGGAGCUAGAGCUUGUAUACCGGGGAUUCGGACAAGGCAGAGAAGCGGUCACGAAGGCGAUCCUGGGAAGCGAAGGAAAGGACAUACGGCCUUUGAUCAAGAAGCUGUCGGAUUCGACGCGACUAAAGUUUGGCGGCACAAGAAGCAAGAAACCAAGGAGAUUGGGCUAA